UGCAACCGUGCGGGGACAUCGAUUACACAGAAUAUAUCUGUAUUUAUACCUACAUAAUACACAGAUAUAGAUAUAUUGGAAAUUCAGAAGUCGCCCUGAGGAGCAGCUCAGUGCCUACGAAACCAAACUGGGAGGGGUUGGUGGUGGAGGCCGGUUUUCCAUUGGCUGCACGCACUUGCCGUGGCGCGGGGGUAUCUCUAAUCAUAUUCAGCAUGUUUUGCACAAGAAAUGUCAGCCAGAAAGGGCUAUCUGCUCUCUUCGCCAAAUUAUUCCCCGACAAUGGCAUGCUCGGAAAGCCCGGCUGCAAACUCUUUUUUGGUGGACUCCUUGAUCAGCUCAGCCUCAGGCAGAGGGGAAGGAGGAGGAGGAGGUGGUGGUGGUGGUGGUGGAGGAGGAGGAGGAGGCGGCGGCGGUGGCGGUGGAGUUGGAGUUGGAGGAGGCGGAGGCAGCGGCGGCGGCUACUAUCCCAACAACAGUAGUGUCUACCUGCCACAGACGUCCGAUCUGUCCUAUGGGUUGCAAAGCUACGGACUUUUCCCCGUGCUGGGCAAACGCAAUGAAGGUCCUCCUCAAAGCAUUGUCCCACCUUCUCACUCCUACAUGUCAGGGAUGGAAGUCUGGCUAGAUCCCCCAAGAUCUUGCCGCAUGGAAGAGCCGGAAAGCCCGCAGGCGACCUCCUGCUCUUUAGCUCCCAGCAUUAAAGAGGAGAACUCCUACUGCCUCUAUGACUCCGACAAAGGCCCCAAAGAGGCGGCGGCCACCGACCUGUCGACUUUCCCCAGGCUAAACUCGGAGGUCUGCUCCAUGAACAACGUGACCGCCGCCGGGGUGCCCGUGCCAGGCUACUUCCGCCUGUCUCAAGCCUAUGGCACCGUGGCCAAGAGCGGCGGGGGCGGCGGCUACAACAGUCACCACCACCAUCAACACCCACACCACCAGCAGCAGCCGCCGCAGCAUCUCCAGCACCCGGGACACUUGGUCGCUUCCCAGUUCGCCCCGCAGCCCCCUGUGCGCUUUGAGACGCCUCCGGCAGUCCCGCAGCCAGAAACCCCGAGGAAAGAGAGCGAAGAGUCCUCCCCACCCGCCACUUUGGCUUGUGUCUCCCAAAGGGGGGAGGACGAAGGGCCGGCGUCCUCCUCGGCCGCAGAAGAACUCUCCCCGGCUCCUUCGGAGAGCAGCAAACCCUCCCCGGAGAAGGAAAGCCUAGGCAAUUCCAAAGGAGAGAAUGCAGCCAACUGGCUCACUGCAAAAAGUGGCCGAAAGAAACGGUGCCCUUAUACCAAGCACCAGACCCUGGAGCUGGAGAAGGAGUUUCUCUUCAAUAUGUACCUGACUCGUGAGCGUCGCCUAGAGAUCAGCCGCACAGUCCACCUCACAGACAGACAAGUGAAGAUCUGGUUUCAGAACCGCCGGAUGAAACUGAAGAAAAUGAACAGAGAGAAUAGGAUCCGGGAGCUCACAGCCAACUUUAAUUUCUCUUGAUGAACCGACAAGCGCCCCUCCACGGGUUCAAGAGCCAGAAACGUUG